AUGUCCUCCAGAAUGAGUGAAGGGCAGUGUUUGAAAGCUCUCCCCGCGAGGGGGAAUGAGCCGCUGAAGAGAGGCGUGGAAGGGAAGAGUGAACCGGCAGAGAACGGGAAAGUAGUGAAAAGAUUCAAGGCGAGCGCCGAGGAGCCCAGCGAGGAGGAGAAAAAGAAACUUCCCAAAAGGAAGGUGGUUCUGCUUAUGGCAUAUUCAGGGAAAGGCUAUCACGGCAUGCAGUUCAAGACAAUCGAAGAUGAUUUAGUUCAUGCGCUCGUCAAGUCAGGCUGCAUUCCAGAGAACCAUGGCACUGAAAUGAAGAAGAUGUCUUUCCAAAGAUGCGCAAGGACUGAUAAGGGAGUUUCUGCAGCUGGUCAGGUUGUAUCUCUAAAACUUUGGCUCAUUGAUGACGUAUUGGAAAAGAUCAAUGGACAGCUACCUGCUCAAAUCAGAAUUUUAGGGCUCAAAAGGGUAACUGGUGGCUUUAACUCCAAGAACAAGUGUGACGCGAGGACCUACUCCUACAUGCUGCCCACCUUCUCCUUCGCACGCAAGGACAGCGACAAGCAGGGCCAAGAGUACCGGCUCAACAAGGAGACCCUGGAGAGAGCCAACGUGCUCUUCUCCUGCUACAAAGGGACGGACAAUUUCCACAACUUCACCUCCCAGAAGGCACCGUGGGACCCCAGUGCCAAGCGCUACAUCAUGGAUAUGUACCUGGAGGAACCCUUCACCCGGUAGGGGAUGGAGUUCGCCGUCAUCAAGGUGAAAGGUCAGAGCUUCAUGAUGCACCAGAUCAGGAAGAUGAUUGGCCUGGUCAUCGCGGUAUUGAAAGGCUACACGGACGAUUCCAUCAUAGAGAGGAGCUGGGGGCAGGAGAAGGUGGAUAUUCCCAAAGCGCCAGGGCUGGGCUUGGUUCUGGAGCGGGUCCAUUUCGAAAAGUAUAACAUGCGCUUCGGAAGCGAUGGGCUCCAUGAACCCCUGGACUGGGUGGAGGAGGAGGGCAAGAUUGCUGCUUUUAAAGAACAACACAUCUACCCCACAAUCAUCCAGACUGAAAUUGAGGAGAAGUCCAUGGUGAACUGGCUAGACACCCUGCCGAUCCAUGACUUCGAAGCCACAGCAUCUGGGAAUCAGUCUGCUAAAGCCCAGGAUGAUGAGGAGGAUGGUAAUAAUGACUCUGAUUGA